ACCUUAUUAUCCGCCGCAUCCCAGAUUACAGAGUCAUGCCGCCGUAGAUAGGGUAAAUAUCGACCGGGGAAAAUACUUCGAAUUCCGUAUUAUCAUCUUCUGUGCAUUUCAGUUGUCGUCGCCUGCUAGAUAGAGACCAAUGGAGUAUCGAAACAAGCUGGUCUUGGCCCCGAUGGUCCGAAUAGUUGCUGGCGGCUGACUAUGGUGCAGACAUAACAUAUGGGGAGGAGAUCAUUGAUCACAAACUGCUCAAAUGUGAGCGCCGUGUCAAUGAUUUAUUGGGUACAAUUGACUUUGUGGAAAAGGGAACAAGAAGUGUUGUUUUCAGAACAUGCUCUGAAGAAAAAAGCAGAGUCGUAUUUCAAAUGGGCACUUCCGAUGCUGUGAGGGCUCUUAGUGCUGCUCAGAUGGUCUGUAAGGAUGUUGCUGCAGUGGAUAUCAACAUGGGUUGCCCUAAAUCUUUUUCUAUCUCUGGAGGAAUGGGUGCUGCACUGCUGAAUAAACCAGAACUCAUUCAUGAUAUAUUGACAACAUUGAGAAGGAACUUAGAUACACCUGUGACCUGCAAGAUCCGUUUGUUGAAAUGCUCACAAGACACUGUAGAGUUGGCAAGACAAAUUGAAAAAACUGGAAUAUCUGCCCUUGCUGUUCAUGGAAGGAAAGUUCCAGAUAGACCAAGAGAUCCGGCGAAGUGGAGUGAGAUUUCUGAUAUCGUUUCAGCAAUAUCUAUACCAGUUAUCGCAAAUGGCGAUGUUUUUGAGUAUGAUGAUUUUCAAAGAAUCAAAGAUGCAACUGGUGCAUCAUCUGUGAUGGUUGCUAGGGGAGCAAUGUGGAAUGCUUCUCUGUUCUCGCCUAAUGGAAAAGUACCCUGGGAUGAUGUGAAAAGAGAGUACGUGAGAAAGGUUACAUAGAGAUGUGCUUUUGCGGCAUCACUGUAAGGAGGACUGGCUAAAAAUAUCUUUUGAGUAUCUUGUGGGAUAAUGACAUUAAAAGCACAAAGCAUACACUGAAGGAGAUGAUAAUGCAUUAUUCUUGCCUUGAACUCCUCGAGGGAAAGGCUGUCAUCAGAUCAGAAACAUUUGAACAUCUGGCGAAGUUCUAUGGGGAAGAAAGCUAUUAUCAACAUGUUAUGCGGAACAGGUGUGCUUUUAGGGGAAGCAGAUGACACUGAUUUUGUUGGGAUUUUAAGAGAACAAAAAUGUAUUUUUGGUAAAUUAGAGUUGUACCCGCACAUGUAGCUCAGUUGGUCCAGUGAUGGAAAAUUUGGAAGAAUGAUCAAGGAUCGAAACCCGCAGCGACCGUGUGGAGGUUACAGUUCCUGCGUGCUGGACUGGACCUCUGAUGCGCACAAGUAUAACUUCUACCAUCAUUGGGUUGACUGAGUCACCAUGACUUACUCCUCCACCAUUCUGUCGGGUCAGGAUGUGGCGCUCCUAGGAUGGGAGAUUCCACCUUUUGGAACAAAGGUAAAUUAGAGUUGUGUUAUAGGCAUCUCCUAUGAAGUACGGAUACUUCACUAGGGUGUCGUAUCGGCGUAUUGGAAACAUUCAUGUAUCUGAUAUUCUAGGAUACCCGUACCGUACGUUCCCGGGCUGUAACUAUAAUUUUUAAAAGUUUUCAUUUUUUGCUAAUUAUUUUAAAAUUUCGGAUACUCGUAUCCUGACGGAUCGG